ACGAUGAACGGUCAUUGCACAGUUUCUACGAAAACUGCCGUUUUGCUCGGUUGGAUCACUUUCAUUCUAAGUCACGUACCACAGUCAGCAUCUAUCUCGUGUGGCAAGGAUUCAGUGAAUGUGGAAAACCAGCUUAAACAGUCACUUCUCUGCAAUGGCUACCGAUCGGAGGCACGCCCAAGGAAGGACCCAGCCCAAACGGUCAACAUGACGGUUUCCUUCUUCGUGAUGGGCUACGAGUUUGACGAAGACGACGAUCUGCUGGAGCUGAACGUGUGGUUCAAUCUGCAAUGGAAUGAUGAAUUUCUCGUCUGGAACCGGACAAAAUGGAACGGGAUCGAGCGGAUGGCGAUCAACUCGGAUGACAUUUGGCUACCGGAUUUUCGUCACUUUUCCUCAUAUUACAAUCCUGAAGAGCUUCCGGACUGUACCAAUCCUGCCUGCUCGGUGGCCUGGAAUGGGUCGGUGUACUGUGUGCCAAGGUGCAACAUGAACGCCAAAUGUGCGGUUUCCUACAAUCGGUGGCCAUUUGAUGUGCAUCAGUGUAAUCUGUGGUACGGCACCUGGGUAAACUCGAUGAACGAGGUCGACAUGCACACUGAAGAGCUCUGCCUACAAGCGGAGCCAGAUUUCUCCAGUUCACGUUGGAGCAUCGUAUCGCUGGAGAAGAACCGAGCAGUGGUCAAAUCGAGUGAUGAGUACAUGUACACCAUCCUAAAAACGGAUCUGACGCUAAAACGAAAAAACGGGUUCGAUACAGUAGCCGUUUUCUGUCCGAUAAUGGUGCUUGCAUUCUUAAAUCUGUACAUUGUCUGGUUACGAUCAAGCUGUAUAGAAAGGAAGUUGCUGUUGACACUCUCAAUAGUCUGUCAUUUCUGCUUUCUACAGCAAAUACAAUGGAUACUGCCAUACAACCGCGAUACAGUUCCAGGAUUGCUGAUAUUUCUGCAAAGUUCGGUUAUCAUCACGGGACUGCUAGUAUUCGUGACACUAUUGAAUUGUUGGGCUCGAGUUGUACUCAGCCGCGAAUCGACGACCAAUGAAAGUUGGUUUGGUCGAAUCGCGGGGCAAUUCUCCCAAAAUCGCGUCGCGGAAUUUAUUCUAGCGGCUGACUAUUUGGAGCUGAAUUACCAGGUCACAAAAGAGGAGAACGAUCAUGGGUUACAGGUGGCUAAGCUGGUUGAUCGCGUAGUUGCAAUCGCAUGCUUGAUGAUUUACGUUUUACUGCUGUUGUUGCACGUUCCUUUCGGGUACCAGGAUUUACCCUCUUCCCGUGUAAAGUGUAUGUUUUCGUUUGCACCGUAAAUGUACCACCGAGACGAAUUCAUUGUGAUCAGUGGUUGUAUGUUGUAGUAAUCAUUAAAUCAUGGGAAAGUGUACGUCGUAACCAUCGUUUCACGUUUAGUUAGCGAACUGAAAUGCUAGUAAUACGCCGGCUUAAAGGUCCAUAGGAUUGUUUAUGGCCUUAACUUAUCCAUUCAACAACCUUUGCACUACCCAAAUCUUCUUUUUGUUAAAUUGCUUCUUUACCAAUUUAAACAAUACACAAAAUGAAAAAUAGACAAGAAUAUACCAUGCCUUGUGAAAUGUACUUAUAUUAGUUGAUAACUGGAUAAAUAUUUUUCCGGGAAUGCAACACAUUAGCCACUGCAUUGAAGUAUCUCUACAUUAAAUCAACAUAUUGUUUGGUUAUUAGAGUGAACAUCAUGGCAGGUUUUAUUAAUUUAGUGUCAGUAUAGUGUAAUGGCACAUUUACAACACUAUUCCUUUGUACAAGCUUUUCUUCCUUUGCUGUCCAGCGAGUAGUCAGCCUCCGGUAGUCAUUUGUCAUUCAAUCGAGCAAAAUCUAUAGCAGUAUCACCAGCAGGAAUUGGAUGUAUAAGAAUGGUAAUUAGGCAUGUAGAAUAUAAUAAAGAAUAGGAAUUGUUCUUUGUAUUCAAAUGAACAUGUGCACACGUCUGCUGCUAACUCUCUAGUAAUCAAAGCGUUGCACAUUGGUCAAGUAUCGAUCUAUCGAAAAAAGGGUGCACGUUCCUUGUUUUCUACGAGAAAAGUUGCAGGGAAAAAAGAAAACUAAAUUUUUCGAAAAGAGGUGUGAUCGGCUACAUAAACGAAAUUGCCAGUGGUACACAUUUAGGUGUAAAUGAUACCUGAAAGAGUAAAGCGUUUCAUGGACCAUGGAUCCGUCGGACCCAGUCAACAACUUCUGACGAGAGGGUGGAAGCAAUGUGGAAGUGAAAAUUGAGCUGCUGGCUGAGGACAACCAACACGGGAUAAUUAUAAAAAAAUAACGGUGAAAAGAACGUGGGACUCGAAAUAAAUCUGGUCACCUCUACUGAGAAGGUCGCGUUACUGGAAUAUGCAACACUGAUUCAAUUUAAGAGAGUUGGUGAUCAAUUGGAAGCGUUGUUAUGUACAAUACAAGAAAUAUAAGCUCGACUUAAAAACUAAAAUGAAGUCAAAACUAGUCGAAGGAAAUGGAAAAAAAUACGACGAUGGAAAUCGAUGAAACGGCAGUAUAGCGUGUACUGAAAGCUAUCAAAAAGGAAGAAAUCGCAAUGUGUUAAUUUUGGGGAAGACCAGACCAUAAAAAGCGGAACUGUAUGAUAGUUCCGUAAAAGCAAAACUCUA